AUGGCACAACGAGCACAGCAGAUCGCUGGCCACCUCAACUACCCUUCGGGACUCCUGGCCGGCCAGGUUGCCAUUAUCACCGGGUCCGGCCAGGGCAUCGGCGCCGAGUGCGCGCGUCUGUUCGCCAACGAAGGGGCCAAAGUAGUGGUGUGCGACGUGGACAGCGCCCGGUCCGAGGCUACGGCCAAGGCCAUCAACGAUGCUAGCCCCGGCCGCGCCAUCUCGGUGCCAGGCGAUGUGACGGAUCCCGAGUACAUCAAAGUGCUGGUCAAGAAGACGGCCGAGUUUGGCAACGGCAAGAUCCAUAUCAUUGUGAACAACGCCGGCUACACGUGGGACGGCGUGAUCCAUAAGAUCACCGACAAGCAGUGGGACACCAUCCUGAAUGUACACAACACGGCUCCCUUUCGACUCAUCCGCGAGGCCGCUCCAUAUUUCCGAGUCAAAGAUGGCGAACCGAGGGUCAUCAUCAACGUCAGCAGCACCAGCGGCACUCACGGAAACGCAGGCCAGGCCAACUACAGUCUGGCCAAGGCCGGGGUGACGGGCUUGACCAAGACGAUUGCGAAGGAAUGGGGUCCCCAGUUUGGUGUCCGCGCCAACACCGUCGCCUUUGGCCACAUCGACACCCGCUUGACCCGCGCAAAGGAGGCCGGCGCCUUCAUCACCACGGCCGACGGCCAGCGCGUCGCCCUCGGCAUCCCAGGCAAGCAAACCCCCGCCAGCCAGGCUAGCACGGAGAAUCCGUAUAAAGACAUUCCGCUCGGACGCCCUGGCACUGCCACCGAGGCCGCUGCUGCGGUGUUGGCCAUUUCCUCGCCGCUGUUUUCCUAUGUGAACGGACAGACCAUCGAGAUCACGGGUGGACGAAGUAUUUAG